AUCCCUAAUGGAAGGUUCGGUGGCGUUCGAGUGCGUGGAAUUAUGAACACAGUGCCACAAAAUGCGUGGCAAUAUUCGGGAAGCUUGCAGAAGCGCAUGUCUGUCAUAGCGCAACAACUCAUCCCAUCGGACCUCCACAGUAUCUUGAAGAACCAAGCCAACUUUGCUCGCCUGCGAUAUGGGGGCCUUUGAUUCCUGCUUCUCAUAAUUUACAGUAUUUUCCCAACUCGGGAGAUCUGGUCUCCUAAGCAAUUAUAAAAUUUGAGCAAAACAACAAAGUACGGAGUAUGUUCCAGUCGUUCACGGGUAACUCUCGCCGUCCGCGGCAGGUUAAUCUCGGAGCCCGCAAUACAAACCCUUUCGCCGCAUUUCCUUCCGGAAGACAGCACCCUCAUGGGGCAGGGCCCCAGAAUACCCUGGCUGUUGCACAGCAAGAGCGCAUGUUAAGACAACAUGAGAGAGAACGGUUGGGCGCAAGCCGGAUUGUGCAGCGGACAUGGCGGGGUUAUCGGAACAGGAAGAUAACGCGCGGUACGUGGCGAGCAGAGUGGGAUGUCACUGAACAGCAGAGGUCGGAAAUUCAUCCGUCAUUCGAUGAGUUAUCUGAAGAUAUCGUGCAAUCCUCUGUCCCGUAUGAAACAGCAGCCGAGUGCUUGUCGCAACUGCGGCUGUUGGUCCAGUUCCUGGAGCCGUGGAACAGCGGUGAUAUCCUCCGACUUGCGUACUUCUCAAAAGCAUUCCAGGAAACUCUACGCGAGGUACCCACGAUCGCAACUGAAGGAGAAUGGACAACGCCUCUGAAUCGCCUGGCGAGGUUGACUCUACGUGUGCUGCACUCACCUACCGCCCCGACGGUACCGGCGAUUGCCUUGUGGCCUCUGCUCGAGGUGUUAAUGUUCUUGACUGACCUAAUACCGAAGCAAAUGGCUCGCCUGGCUCACGAAUAUUAUUCUGUAAUGGCUAUUCUCACAAAAAAAUUGGAUACGAUCUCUGCAAAGUGUCGUUUAUCGGGAGACAAUGUCGUUCAAGGUGUCUUAGCCUUGCUCCGACCGAUAACAGCCGAGACGCUGACGGCCUAUGAGUGGUUUGCCAGGAAUUAUUUGACUAUCCCAGACCUCUCAACGUGCCUGGGGACUUUGGAUGGGCUGGCAAAUAAUAUUAACUACAAACUGUUGGCGUCCGCGUUGGGGCCUAUGCAGUCUCAGUUCAAAGCCACCCCUCAAAACUCUGACGAUGUGAAUUCUCGCCUCUGGUUACUUUCAUAUUUUAUAUUCUUCCAUAGGUAUGCCCUGGGAAGCCAGGCCGGAUACAAAGCGCCAGAGUCUGGUUUUGUGAAGGUCGUAUCGGACUUGCUCAACUCAACUGCGGUACACAUAUCACGACGCCUGGACACGGGGGAAGUUACCGAAUAUGAUGAUUCUACCGAAAGAGCACCAUUACACCCAUUUAUCAAGGAACAACUGCUUAGUCUUGUCAAUCAGGGUAGUAUAACGGGAUUGCUAUCUGAGUUGCAAUCUAGUCACCUGUCUCAACGUGACCUGGCGGAUUCCCAAUCUGAUGCAUCGCGGGAGGCAAAGCUUCUUGCAACAUAUGCCCUCACUCUCUUGAGAGUAUUUCCUCGGCGAGGCGAUGAUAUUCGGAUGUGGCUGUACCUGGGCUCCGCUAUCUCAAGCGACCAGCUGGCCGGCCGAUCCGAGUCGAGAAUUCCGGCUAUCAAAUAUUUUUGGCAAGCAUCCAAGUCCAGCAACGUAUUCAAUACGAUAAGCCAGGAUUCAACGAAGGUGCUGUCUUUACUAAAGCCCGCCACCGAUACAAGUGAAGCCAGACUACCGAACAUACCACACAAAGAGCGCGACGAAGAAUGGAUGAUUAUCCUCCUCUUUCUUGAGCUGUAUACUUUUGUUUUGAAAGUUAUGGAUGACGAGGAGUUCUUCUCUAGUGGAUCUUCUUUUACUGCGUCGUCAAACACGAGAGUCUCGUGGACCAAAGAGAGCGCUCUUCAUUUGGAAGAUGUUAAGGACAUGACGAUAUUUUUGAAAAACCUGGCUUUUACUCUGUAUUGGAACUCGGCAGACUUGAAUGAAGAUGAAACUGUUCAUGACACUGGAAGUAUACGGAGUUACUUCAGCUCCUCUGCUGCCCCCUCGGACCCAGUCACAAGUGUUAGGGACCUUGAGAUGAAAAAUAAAGAAAAAGGGCUCUCUGGAGUGAUUGGGAUCCCGCUAGAUUAUUUCAAGGGACUUGUGACGGGCUUGCUAAGGAUGAUUCAUGAGCGUGAUUCGAGGCGCAAGUUCCUCCCUGAUGGACACUGGUUGAUGACGAACCGCUUUGACAUGGAAGGUUUCAUACCUGCCGUUGUAGCGGAAGAAGAGAAUAGACAUCAACUCCAGGACGAUGACGAGGAGGAGGAGCAAGAUGACUUGAUGGGUGAUGCUUACUAUGAACCAUCACUAGGACUAAUCGGCACUGGCCGUGCUCAACAAACACGUCGAAUUGAGGCCCUUAGACGGCGCCAGCAGCAAGCAGCUCGCAGGAAACAAUUGGAGGCGGUGGCGCCUAGACUGGAGAUCUUGAGAAACAUGCCUUUUUUCAUCCCUUUCCCUACCCGGGUGCAAAUAUUUCGAGAAUUCAUCUAUCGUGAUCAGAUGCGCAGACGUCAGGGGUUCAUUGAUCCGGACGCUUGGCGUAUGUCUGUAGCUCAAGCCUCGAUGGGACGUAUGAUCGAUGGGCGGCCUGCGGUCCAGGAUAUUCUUGGUCGACAUCAUGCGAAUAUUAGGCGCGAGAGAGUGUUCAAAGAUGCGUUUGAUCAGUUCUACGAACUCGGCGAAGGUCUCAAAGAACCAAUACAAAUCACUUUUAUUGAUAGGUUCAACACACCGGAAGCGGGGAUUGAUGGUGGCGGUGUGACGAAGGAAUUCCUUACUAGUGUCACGAACGAGGCUUUCAAGUCUACAAGUGACCUGGAAUUUUUUGAAGAGAACGAACAACACCUACUCUACCCAAACCCAGCCGCGGUCGAGCAUCGUAAGGAGCUUUUGCGGCAGGUUGGGUUUGCCGAGAACAGUCCAGACUGGAGUGAAGAUAUCCGGGACUUGCUCAGGCGGUAUGAGUUUUUGGGGCGAGUUAUAGGGAAGUGCCUUUACGAGGGGAUCCUAGUCGAUGUCAAUUUCGCGCCAUUUUUCCUACUGAAAUGGGCUUUGACUGGUGGUACAGGCUCAGCACAGAGGGAAACGGCGUACCGUGCCAAUCUCAAUGACCUUAAAGAUCUCGAUCAGGGGCUCUACCAAGGAUUGCUGCAACUGAAGAACUACCCUGGAGAUGUGGAGGACUUUUCUCUGAACUUUACUGUGACUGAUACUAUACCUCUGUCGAACGGACGUAGUCGCAUGAUCACUCGGGACCUCAAACCCCAUGGGUCGGAUAUACCGGUCACCAAUCAGAAUCGACUCGUGUAUAUCUCAUAUAUUGCUCGCUAUCGUCUACAGGUGCAGCCCGCUCUGCAGACAAACGCCUUUCUUCAAGGUCUGGGUCAAAUUAUACAACCUUCGUGGCUAUCGAUGUUCAACCAGUCGGAAAUGCAGACCUUGGUUAGCGGCGAGUCCGGGGAUAUUGACGUGUCGGAUUUGAGGCGCAAUACUCAAUAUGGAGGGGUGUAUACCAUUGGCGACGAUGGAGAAGAGCACCCGACCAUCAAACUAUUCUGGGAGGCUAUGCAUAAGAUGACCAACGAGGAACGACAAAAUGUGCUACGCUUCGUCACGUCCACUCCGCGAGCUCCAUUACUGGGAUUUAGCCAUCUCAACCCACGAUUCAGCAUUCGCGAUUCAAGUGAGGAUCAGGAACGACUUCCCAGUACCAGUACCUGCGUGAACCUUUUGAAAUUGCCGCGGUAUACCAAUGCUAACACCCUGCGUGAGAAGCUUCUUUAUGCUAUUAACUCUGGGGCAGGAUUUGAUCUUAGUUAAGCCAAACUGUGUUAUUCUGGUAGAGAAUUAGGAUGACCGUGGAUGGCACAUACAUAGACGUACAGAUUUCCCAUUUGCACAUGAAGUGAAUAGUUUUUAGGUUCCCAUGUUGCAUAGCCAUGGCGUCUUGGUGCAAUUACUGUGAUUAUCUUUUCUUUUCUUUUCUUUCUCUCUGUCAGUUAUUCUAAGAAUUUUAAUUUCUUGUCUCCCGAACGGCCCUUUGCGCCCUCUUUUUUUUUUUUUUUUUUUUUUUUUAAAAAAAAAAAAAAAGAAAUAUAAAUAUAUAUAUACAUUUACCGUCUGGAAUGUCUAUGAAAUUAUAAAUGAGUGGAACAUGUAUUGAGUGCGUUAGGGUAGAAUCUAGGAGUAAAUCUUUCAUCUUUCUUGUAUGUAGUAGUUACAACUAAGUGCUCGUAGUAGGGAUUGACAAUGUGAAGGUGAUGUGUGUUGGAGUGAAAUGCGUGAUGUGAUUGGAUGGGGGUGACAUGAUGAGAACAGACUCGAAGAUAAGCCCUAUGCACCAACCCGUAAUUUACCGGUAAGAGAGCACAAAUCCUUAGGGAAGAGUAAAGAGUGUAAACAGUAAAAGUGUUAGCCCUUAAAGCGGGCAAAUGACGCUAGCCCUGAUAUGGACUAGUGACUUAUUGGGCCAAAGAGAAAAUGAAAGAGAA